AUGGCCAUUACAGAGGAUUGGCAGGCGUUGAUAGAUCAAAAACUCAUUCAUCGUGCCUCACAAAUUCCUCAAGAAUGGAAAGUUUCCAGUGAUUUGACCGAACUUGUUCGCCCAGAUACUUCAACUAGUGCCUUUGACUUGUUGCGGAGAACCGCUCUUCUCAGCCCAAGGGAACUUGAAAUCACUGAGACAAACAGUGCCCAAAGUCUCGUUGAAUUGCUUGCAGCUUGUCAAAUUACCUCGUUGGAAGUGACUACCGCUUUCUGCAAGCGGGCUGCCAUUGCACAGCAGCUGACUAACUGCUUGACCGAGAUAUUCUUCGAUCAAGCAAUAGCACGAGCCAAGGAGCUCGAUGAGUACAUUGUGAAGAAUGGACGUCCGAUGGGUCCAUUUCAUGGCCUUCCGAUAAGUCUGAAGGAUACCUUCAUGAUUGAAGGCCAAGCAGCCACGCUUGGCUUUAUUUCCUUCCUCAAGAAGCCAAAUGCUACCAAAAACUCUUCUCUGGUCGAUAUGCUACUCGAGGGAGGCGCAGUAUUGUACGUCAAGACAAACGUGCCUCAGACUCUUUUUACAUGCGAAUCUUAUAAUAGACUUUUCGGUACAACCAUGAAUCCACAUAACCUGAGUCUGACUGCGGGUGGAAGCAGCUCCGGCGAAGGUGCACUAGUAGGUAUCAGAGGAUCUAUCCUAGGUGUUGGGAGUGAUAUUGGCGGUUCGGUAAGAGUCCCGUCUUUAUGCAAUGGUAUCUACGGGUUCAAACCUACCGCGAAUCGCGUGCCGUUUGGAGGCCAGCAAGAAUUGAUUCGAAAAGGAUGGCCGGGAAUUCCCCCUGCUGCUGGGCCACAUGCUCAUUCUGCAGCGGACCUCACUUUCUUCGUUCGAUCGGUCCUUCUUUCUCAGCCAUGGCUGAAAGACUCUACUGCCUUGGCCGUGCAAUGGCGAGAGAUUCCUAAGAAGACACGGCUUACCAUCGGAGUCUUUUUCAAUGACCCGAUGUUUCCGGUUUUCCCUCCAAUAUCCCGUGCAUUGCAAGCUGCGGUAGACAAACUGAAGAGUGCUGGUCAUGACAUCGUGGUUGUGGACGCUCCACCUAUAAUCACAGGUGUAAAAGGAGCGUGUCGCUCCUUUAUGCUGGAUACAAAUGACACGAUCUCAAAGCAUCUAGAGGAGUCAGGGGAAAAUCCGAUUGAGUGUCUCCGCCAAAGCAAUCCAGCAGAUUUCCUUAAGCAAGAUGUAUUUUCACUGGACGACGUGUGGCAAUUUACUGCUGAGCGAGAAGACUACAGAGAAGAAUGGGGCAAGGUAUGGCGAGAAAAUCAGCUCGACGUUCUCCUUUGUCCAGCCUCUCGCGGCACAGCUGUACCUCAUGACAAAUACGGGGCUCCUGUAUACACUUUGAUUUGGAAUUUUCUCGAUUUUCCUGCCAGCGUUAUUCCCUACGAACAUGCCAGCAAAUCACUGGAUACAGAGGAAAUGGAUGAAUUCAACAUUGACGAAGUUGACGGAGCACCUUGCCAUGUACAAAUUGUUGGCUGGCAAUUCCAGGACGAGGAAGUUCUCUCUGCGACGGAGACUAUUGCUGAAGUUCUCAACCCAUGA